AUGAGCCUGCUUGGUGUCGGGCGAUCAAUGAAGAGGCCGCUGCGGCUGCGGCUGCGACUGCGGCUGUGUGAUCAGGGAGGAGAGAGCAGUAAGAGCGCCUUCAUCAAAAUAUUUGACCGUUUGUCCUCAGCCUCUGAUGUAGCCCCAGAAGAGCUUCACAUCAUUAAGAUCCAAGAGGUGGCCGCCAUGAGGCUUGGUGUCUUUUCAUUCCUGUGUGCUCUUGGUCUCAGCUGGGCAGACAAAGAGAAGGUCUUUGGUGGCAUUGAGUGCGACCCUAACUCACAGCCCUGGCAGGUGGGGCUGUUCGAGGGCACUAGCCUGCGCUGUGGGGGGGUCCUCAUUGAUCGUCGGUGGGUGCUCACUGCAGCCCACUGCAGCAGCAGGUACUGGGUGCGGCUGGGGGAGCACAGCCUCAGCAGGCUGGACUGGACGGAGCAGAUCCGGCGCAGCGGCCUCUCCGUGACCCACCCCGGCUACCAGGGAGCUCUGCAGAACCACGAGCAUGACCUGCGGCUCCUGAGGCUGCGAACGCCUGCCCGCCUGACCCGCAGUGUCCAGCCGCUGCCCCUGCCCAGCACCUGCGCAGUCGCUGGCACCAACUGCCACAUGUCAGGCUGGGGCACCACCAACCGACCAUGGGAUCCAUUCCCAGACCGACUCCAGUGCCUCAACCUCUCCAUUGUCUCCACCGACGCCUGUCAAGCUGUAUUCCCUGGGAGAAUCACAGACAACAUGGUGUGUGCGGGUGGUGUUGCCGGGAAGGAUGCCUGCCAGGGAGACUCUGGGGGCCCACUGGUGUGUGGGGGAGUCCUUCAAGGUCUGGUGUCCUGGGGGUCUGUGGAACCUUGUGGACAAAAAGGGAUCCCGGGGGUCUACACCUUUGUGUGCAAAUACGUGGACUGGAUCCAGAUGAUCAUGAGGAGCUACUGAACCACUUUGGCCAUCUCUGCUCUGUAUCUUAGCACCAACACCUCCUCCCUCCACAUGCCCACUCUCGUUGGU